UUCCUUUCUUAUAUUUGGAAAUGCAAUUCACGAUCUCUUUGAUUGGAAGUUAAAAUAACUAACCACAGAACUCAAGGUGGAGUAUUACUGGCGAUUCGACAGCCCUCCGUCGCCGUUGCAUUCCACAUUUUGUUCGGAUUCCUCCCUCCAUUAAUCUAUCCGUCUUCUUUUUAUUGACUUGUUGACUGGGAUGAUGAAUAUUCCGGGGAGUGAGAAGCUGUUAAGUGGAAGUUAAGCAGAAUUUUUUUUUUUAAGGAAUUUUUGUGCAAUCAAGAUUAGAAUUAGAUCCUCAGUAGUCGGAAAUCACCAUGUUCUAGUGAAUGUGCGGAGGUUUUGGAUUUCUGGAGCUAACUGGAAGAAGUUAAUUGUGGAAAAGAUGGAAAGGCUUGUGACCGCGGUGGCGGCCGUCGGAGGAGAGUCGGUGUGGCAGAGCAUAAAGAUAGCUGUAAUACCGAUAGUAAAAGUUUUUACCAUCUGUUUUUUGGGGUUCCUGAUGGCCUCUAAGUACGUUAAAGUCUUGCCUGCCAGCGGCCGGCGGCUUUUAAAUGGGUUGGUUUUUUUACUUUUGCUUCCCUGUUUGAUAUUCUCUGAACUUGGCGAAGCUAUUACUUGGAAGAAACUGCUUGAAUGGUGGUUCAUUCCUGUGAAUGUUGUUCUGGCUACCAUCUUAGGCUCACUAAUAGGUUUAAUUACUGCAACCAUUGUUCGUCCUCCAUACCCAUUCUUCAAGUUCACAAUCAUACAGAUUGCAAUAGGAAAUAUUGGGAAUAUACCACUUGUAAUAAUUUCAGCUUUGUGCAGUGAAGAGUCCAAUCCUUUUGGUGACUCUGAACAGUGUAGCACGGAUGGAACUGCCUAUAUUUCCUUUGGACAGUGGGUUGGUGCAAUCAUCCUCAACACAUAUGUAUUUCGUAUGUUGGCCCCACCCCCUGAAGGUACCUUUGAUGUUGAAGAGGCAAGUCUUCCCAUGAAGAAUAACCCAAAGGACAUCUCACCUGAGCAAGUUCCAUUGCUGACCCAGGAGACUGAACCUAGAGAGUCAAAUAACUCAACUAGUGGAAAGUUUAAAGAAUUUUUUGUUUUCCUUUAUGACAAGUUGAAGCUCAAGCAAAUCCUUCAGCCGCCUAUUAUUGCUUCAAUCCUAGCCAUCGUACUUGGUGUGGUGCCAGUUUUUAAGCAUUUAAUAUUUACAACCGAUGCUCCACUUUUCUUCUUCGCAGACAGCUGCAGUAUCCUUGGGGACGCUAUGAUACCGUGCACUUUGUUGGCAUUGGGAGGCAACCUUAUUGAUGGACCAGGAAUUUCAAAACUUGGUUUCCGCACAACUGCUGCUAUUGUUUUUGCGCGUUUGUUUGUGGUGCCUCCUGUAGGACUUAGCAUUGUAAACUUGGCUGAUAAGCUUGGCUUCCUCCCUGCUGGUGACAAGAUGUUCAAAUUUGUCCUACUCCUUCAGUAUACAAUGCCUACAUCUGUCCUUGCCGGUGCCGUUGCUAGUUUAAGAGGGUGCGGAAGGGAUGCUGCUGCUGUCCUCUUCUGGGUUCAUAUUUUUUCAGUUAUCUCCAUGGCAGGGUGGAUCGUUCUCUAUUUGAGCAUACUCUUUUAGGACUGCAGCAUUCCAGCUCCGAGCUAGAAAUAUCUUCCCCUUGCUAUCAAUGUGCCCUGUCAAAACUUGUGUCAAUUGCUCAAUUAGUAGAUAGUUUAGAAUCACAAAAUUCUUUCUUGGGGAGGAAAUGGAGACUAGCAUAUAGCGGCUGUGUUAAUAAGAUCCCGUUAAGAGGCAUUUACCAAUUUCAUUUUCUGGUUGAGACUGAUUCAGUUAUCUGCUACCUCUGAGGAGGUUUUACUUCCAGUUCAGUGUAGAUGGUGAAUGAGGAAGACUACAAUUGAAUUUUGCUUUUCUGCCACACAUUACUACACAGCACAUUAUUAAAAAUGUUAAUUUUGC